AUGAACGUUCCUAGCAAGUUCCUCAGCAACCCCCAGGACCUCGGCGUCGUCGCCGUUGGCUUCUCUGGUGGCCAGCCCAAAGCGGGUGUCGACAACGGCCCGUCGGCCCUCAUCGAAUCCGGCCUCCUCACCCAAAUCAAGGAAGAGCUCGAAUACAACCUGCACGGCGACUCCGAGGUGCAGUUUUACAAGGACCUGGCCCCGGCUGCCGAUCCCGAGUACCGGGGCAUGAAGAACCCGCUGCUCGUCUCGGCCGUCAACCGCAAGAUUGCCGAGGCCACCUACAGCCACUCGUCGCAGGGCCGCCUGACGCUCACCCUCGGCGGCGACCACUCGGUCGCCAUUGGCACUAUUGCCGGUACCGCCAAGGCCACCCGCGAGCGCCUCGGCCGCGAGAUUGCCGUCAUCUGGGUCGAUGCGCACACCGACAUCAACACCCCCGAGGGCUCCGACUCGGGCAACAUUCACGGCAUGCCCCUCGCCUUCCUCACCGGCCUUGCCACGGACGACAAGGACGAGUAUUUCGGCUGGCUCAAGGAAGACAUGCGCCUUAACAUUGCCAAGCUCGUCUACAUUGGCCUCCGUGACGUCGACAAGGCCGAGAAGAAGAUUCUCCGCGACAACAAUGUCAAGGCCUUUUCCAUGUUUGACGUAGACCGCUACGGCAUCGGUCGCGUCGUCGAAAUGGCCCUCGCCCACAUUGGAAACGACACCCCCAUCCACUUGUCCUUUGACGUCGACGCCCUCGACCCCAUGUGGGCGCCCAGCACCGGCACCCCCGUCCGCGGUGGCCUCACCCUGCGCGAGGGCGACUACAUCUGCGAGUCGGUCCAUCAGACCGGCAACCUCAUCGCCAUCGAUCUCGUCGAGGUCAACCCCGAGCUCGCUGCCACCGAAGAGGGUGCCAAGGCCACCGUCGGCGCUGGCUGCUCGCUCGUUCGCUGCGCCCUCGGCGAGACUCUGCUGUAA